GUGAAGUGGGAGGGGUAUAGAGAAAGCUGGAACUAUGGUGUUGCAUUCGAAUUCUGAAGUAUUUAAACUGUCGUUACUACAGUAAGCUGGGAGGCGUAUAACGGCCAAGCUCCUGCAGGUCACAUAUGAAACAGAGUUAUCAAAACAUCAAAUUAUGCAGAAAAUCUCCAGGAGAAAUAGUAAUUCACCUAUUACAGGUAAAGAACUGAACUCUGUUUGUCCUGAUAAGAAGAAGAAAGAAAAGAAAGACAAUUUUGUUGAAAUAUUACCUCCAGAAAUCACUUUUAAAAUUUUUAGCCAACUUGACAUUCAGAGCUUAUGCCGGGCUGCAACAACAUGUAAGAGCUGGAAUCAAACAAUCAAGAAUUGUGACUAUUUAUGGAAACACCACUGUUUGACUGUUAGAGCUAUAUGUCAAAAAGAGAUAGAUCGUGAUCGAGGAAAUGGAUAUUCAUGGAGGGUAACACUACUGAGGAACUAUUGGAAAAGUAAGGUAAAGCAUGAAUGGCUGAGUGGCAGAUACAGCAACAUUUGCUCUCUCAUUAGCCUGCCAGAAAAAAACAUGUGCCCUAUGGAUGCAGAUACCUGGGGAGAAAUUCUAGAAGCAGAACUUGAAAGAUAAACUGAAAAAGCCAGAAAAGAUCUCAACUUCCAAGAACUGAAAGCAAACAUUAUGGUGCAAAUGCUGUGUACAUUUUAUUUACUCCUUCUUCAUCUUGUUUUAUUUGUGAACUUUUAAAAGAACAUUACAUGAAAUGUAAAUCUUUAUUUUGCACUUUAUCCCUUUUCCCAAAAAUUUUAAUUGAUAUUUUUAUUGUAAGAGUGAAAAUUCCAGUGAUGCUGUUAUAAAAAGACUUACUAAACUGUUGGAUUGAUUUCAAAAUUUGUAUAAAAUUGAUUUUAUAAAAUGCUGUGUAUUACUGUGAAGUAAUAGGAAUGGGAAAAAUAGGAGAGUUUGAAUAAAUUGUUGUUUCUAGUAUUUUAAAUGAAAAGUCAGUAUCUUCAAGAAAAGAAUUUGUUCAAGAUAGAGUACUCUCAAACUCUAUAACAUGAAAAAAAAAAGAUUUAAAGCACAAACAACUAUUUGGGAAAACAUCUCCAACUGUAAGCAAAGUUCCUUUUCUAACUAGAUGUGUUUAGGCAUUAGAAUAGCAAACAGAUAAAGUAUCAAAUAAAGAUACUAAAGCACUUAAAAGUAUUAUACCAGCCAUAAGAUAAUUUUCUUAUCCCAUAUUUGUACUUUGAAUGUGUUUCUACCUACAUGUGAAAUUUUUUCCAGUUUCUUUAGUUUUUUUACUCAUAUAUUAGUAUGCUAGUUUAUAUAAUCAUUUAUUAUUUAUACUCUUUGUUUUCCACUUCUAUUUCAAUAUUGUUAUAAUUGUUUCAUUUUACACAUGAGGAAAAUGAUGUUGAAAGAAAUGAGUGAUUUGACCAGGGUUUGAUAGGUAAGAAAAAUCAAAGUGGAGAUUCCAAAGGAAAGACAAGAAAGCAGAGCAUAUGUUUAGAAGACUAUUCUUUUUUUUCCUGACUCCAUUCCUGACUCUUUGGAUUUAUCUAUUUUUCCCUUCUCUCCCUCUCUCCACAACUACUCCAUUUUCUUCUCCCACUAAAAUUUAAGCUCUCAUGGGAUAACUACAUUUCCCCCCUUAUAUUUGUAUUUAUAUUCUUAGCACUUAGUACAAUGUCUGAUGGCCUGGUAAGUGCUUAAAAAUUAAUUACACCUCUGUGAAUCAUUAGUAGGCAGCCUAACAGUGGCACAAUGGACAGAGAAUUAGGACUUCAAAUUCAUCCUUAGAAAUUUAUUAGCUGUGUGACCCUUGAUAAAUCAUUUAAUUUCUACCUCAGCUUCCUCAACUAUAAAAUGUGGAUGAUAAUAGCACCUACCUCCCAGGGUUGUUGUGAGGAUCAAAUGAGAUAUUGUAAAAUGUUCAGUAUAUUGCCUGGUAUAUAGUAAACACUGCAUAAAUUCUUGUUUUGGCAGCAAGAUUAUUUUGAAGAAAAAAAUAAAAACCUAUCCAAUUACUGUUUAAUA